GAGUGUGUGCCUGUGUCUGUGCACUCGUAUAUGGAAGUGUGAGCCCGUAGAGGUGUGUGUGUGUGUGUGUGUGUGUGUAUGUGUGUGUGUGUGCGUGAGAGAGAGCGUGCGUGUGUGCGCGUGUGACAGGCAGCUAGAGCUGCCGUGUGAUGGCUCUGCUGCCAUAAUACUUGUACGGACAGGAGAGGUGGAAGCAUUUCUUUGGAGGACUGGUAGGGAAUGGCAAACUCUGUGGUUACCCUGGCAACUUCCCUUUAAUGAGAUGAGAAUGUCUGAGGCUAUUCGCUGCACUUUGGUGAACUGCAACUGUGAGAGUUUUAAGCCUGGAAAACUGAAGCGGAGACAGUGUGAGCACUGCAGGCAUGGGUGGGUGGCACACGCACUGAGCAAGCUGAAGGUGAGCCACACGUACCAAAGCAGCCAGGUGGAGAUCGUCCACUCCAACGUGGUGUUCGACAUCAGCAGCCUGAUGCUCUACGGCACGCAGGCCGUCCCCGUCAGGCUGAAGAUCCUGCUGGACCGCCUCUUCAGCGUCCUCAAACAGGAUGAAGUUGUCCAGAUCCUCAACGCGUUGGACUGGACACUACAGGACUAUAUCAGGGGAUAUGUGCUGCAGGAUGUUACUGGAAAGGUGCUGGACCGCUGGGUUAUCAUGACCUUCGAGGAGGAGAUUGCCACUCUGCAGCAGUUCCUGCGUUUUGGAGAGACAAAGUCCAUUGUGGAGCUGAUGGCCAUCCAGGACAAGGAGGGUCAGGUUGUUGCUGUGCCGAGCAGCAGGACGAACUCGGACAUCCGGGCUUUUAUCGAGAACACCACCCAGCAUGGCCCCAGCCUCCCCGCCAAGGUGGAGAAGCCUGGCUCGGGCAGCGUGCACCACUUUGAAAACUUCAUCAACAAUAUGGCCUUCAUGUUGCCCUUCCAAUUCCUGAGCCCUGUUCCUGCACCCCUCCUGGGUGCUUCCCCAAGUUCUUUCCUGGUGGAGCAGGACCAAAGGCGAGAGCAGCGCUGUCAUCCUGAGGAACCCAUCCCCACCAUCGAGAGUGGCCUCCUGGGAUCCGGCUCAACCCCUUUCUCAUCGGACACUGAGAGGACAGACCAUGGCUCAGAUACUGCACCCACCAAGGUCGAGCCCGAAGACUUCUCCACCGGUGACAACUACUCAGAUGCACCCUCCACACCUUGCACGCCUUCCAUGACCUCUGACAUCACUCAGAUGUCUCCUGAGAGUAAGAUGAGGUCUUUGGAGAAGAGUGCAGGUGGGCUGAAGAAGGGCCGCGUGUUCUGCAGUGCCUGCGAGAAGACAUUUUACGACAAGGGGACCCUGAAGAUACACUACAAUGCUGUACACCUCAAGAUCAAGCACAAGUGUACUAUUGAGGGCUGCAACAUGGUGUUCAGCUCGCUGCGCAGCCGCAACCGACACAGCGCCAACCCCAACCCGCGGUUGCACAUGCCCAUGAACCGCAACAACCGUGACAAAGACCUGAGGAACAGCCUGUCGGCGGAUGAGGCAUCAGAGGGCGAACGGAGGACCGAAUAUGGUGUUGGAGCCGAGAGCAGGCAAGUGUCCAGCUACCUGGUGAAUAACACGGAGCCCAAGCUACAAGGCACAUUUCCCAGCAUCAGCCAGAGUGGCAUUCUAUUCCCCAACCUAAAGACGGUGCAGCCCGUCCUGCCGUUCUACCGCAGUCUGGUGACACCCGCUGAGCUCGCCAACACACCUAGCACGCUGCCUUCACUGCCACUCAUCUCUUCAUCGGUGCCCUUGAAGCCCGUCGCCACCGAGGCAUCCCUAGAUCCCGUGCCUAAGAAGAAGUCCCGCAAGUCUAGCAUGCCCAUCAAAAUUGAGAAGGAGACGACAGCGGCUGAGGACCCAGCCGAGGAAAGUGGCUCCGAUGAUGAGAUUGGCUCACGCAGCCUGGACAAGGUGGACCACGACGGAGGGACCUAUGGGCAAAAGAAGGCAGUGAGGGGCAGCACCGAAGCUGGCACUGUGGGGGUCAUCCAGCCCACGGACCGGGAACCACACUUAGCUCCUUCCCAGAGACCAUUAGACUUCAGGUCCAACACAGACCUGGAUGACGGUCUGGGCCGCAUGGAAGGAAGCAUAAUCACCUGUACGUCUCCUUGUGACACUAAGCACAAGGAGAACCAGAAUCUCAUGGGUGUGCCGCUAAUGCCCGGAGCUGAGGACAACAACGACGGUACCCUUGAGCCCACUGACUUCACUGAGGGCAACCAUGGAGCGGUCAACGGGGACCUGUUCAACAACAAGGAGGCCCCAGAUGUCUACAUGGAGGAGUAUGGGGACGUCUUCCUCCGGCUGGACAGGGAGGACGUACCCCAUCACUGUGAGAUCUGCAGAAAGACAUUCAAGAACCCCUACAGCGUCAAAAUGCAUUACCGAAACGUGCACCUGAAGGAGAUGCACAUGUGCACCGUGGAUGGCUGUAAUGCCGCCUUUCCCUCCAGGAGAAGCAGAGACAGGCACAGCGCAAACAUGAAUCUGCACCACAAGCUGUUGACCAAAGACCACUAUGGAACGCCAAGCACAGUGUGCUCCUCCUCCUCCCCUUUCAGAGAUGUGGCUGGUGUCUUUCAUCAGGACUUCCCACUAAAAGACCCCAUCGGGCAAACCUCGGUGAUCUUCAAAGGGAGCAACCGGAUGGGCUUGGUCUACCCCAUGAGCAAGAGCACUGACUGCGGGAUGGAUCCAGCCGCAGAGAGCAGUGGGGAGGGCGAGGCCGUGCUGGACCUCAGUACCACAUCCGCCUCCCGCUCGGGUGGCAGUGUGCGUUCCUGGGACUCGGACCGGAGCAGCGAGGAGGGCCUGCCUGUAGAGGACAGUGACGAGGGCUGCGAGGAGAUGAUCCAGGAGUCCAAAGUGGACAACCACUCCAGCCUGGCCGAGAGGCCCAGUGAUUCUCCCAUUACCUGCCACCUCUGCCAGAAGGUGUACAGCAACAAGGGCACGUUCAGGGCUCACUACAAGACUGUGCAUCUCAGGCUGCUCCACAAAUGCAAAGUUCCUGGAUGCGACACGUCAUUCUCGUCUGUACGGAGUCGGAACCGACAUAGCCAGAACCCCAACUUGCACAGGAACUUGACCCCGACGAUGGUUCAUGGCAAAGAGUAGCUUUCAGAAAGGUCACUUACUUGAUUUGACUUUCAUUUUUAAUCACAAUGCUCAUAUUUGCAAGUAUUUUGUAAAAAUAUCCAUGUAAAAAAAAAAAGUUUUAAUCAUGGUAGUUAUUCCUUCUCACCCAAAACACACAGGUCUAGUCCUUCUUUAUCAGCAAUAAAUUAAAUGUUUCGUACAAACGUUACCUUUUGCGGUACAUGUGGUUCUGUUUAACUUAUAUCGGUCAUUUUCUGUCUAGACAGUGAAGGCCGUCGAUUUCAUUGUGUUUUCAGCGUGAUUAGAUUGUCAGUCAAACGUAAAUCUCAAAUUAGAACCGGAAAAUGGUGAAUUUCUGACACCAGUAUAAUGCUUAGCUUGACAGAAAUCUCUUCCCACCAAAGCGAUUGGUAGCGGUGCUCAGAAUGAGGCAUGUUCAUAAAAAUCGGACUUAAUUUGUUUCAGUAACGGAACAUGAUUAUUACAAUUAACUUAUGUUUAAACGUUAACAUAGAAAUGUGAUUUCCAAGUACCUCAAAACGGAUUAGGUCUUUAAUGUUAAGAAAAUAAUAUAGAUGUCUGUGAAGGUGGAAGUGAGUUUUUUUUUUUUUUUUGUUAAAGUUGUAUUAUUCAAAUGACAUUCACUUUUAAGUUCUAUGCACUUACGUAAAGAUCGAGACACGGUUUGCCUUACCUGUGUCUCACAGACAAAGUCCAGCGACUCGGGAAACUGCCGCAUUGGUACCAGUGUGUCCACCAGCAUUUUAAGUUAAAGCUGUUGAAAUGACUCCAACUGUGUUCUUGUUGGUUCCUAUUCCGCUGUUUUCCCGUGAAAGGGGUUAUUCAGAAACAGCAGUACAGCCUCAGCUGCGGCCGAUUAAGACGCAAAAAUUGAAAACUCGGUUAAAAAAUUGUACGUGUUGUGCACGUGCUGAGUGAGUUAUUGUUUGCUGUCGUGUGGACUCUCCUCAUCUCCUCCUCUCAUCCUAAUCUCCUCCUUUCGUGUUGUUCAUGUUGUUGUUCGGAAGGCUAAAGGUGACCAAAGAUUUGUUUCAUGAGGCCUGUAAAACACCCUCAUAUAUGAGACAAGCAGUAUUAUACAUCCAUCUCAGACCGUUUAAGUCAUUUUCCAAGCUGUCCGAAAAUGCAUCGUGGCUGAUGUAACAGGAUGGCUUGGUUUCAACUAAAAGGAAACUGUAAACUGUAAAUUAUUAAAAGAAUUGUAUAUUUUUCAAGGUUCCUUUUUUCCUAAACCACAACUAAGGUGUUAUUUCACUUCUAAGGAUUUUCUUAAGCACUGAAACAGGUGUGAACGGACCGAUAUCUCUGUUGCGAUCCUUGUGGAUAUGUUUCGUAAUUUAAAACGCACAUGAGAGGGGGGGGCUCCUGUCAUUACGGAAACAGACGUGGGCUGUGUUACGAUUAAUCCCAAAAAACAAGGUACUGUAAGAGAUCGGCACGGAGGAAGAGAAAGCGACAGAGUGACCCGAACCACAACGGGUCAGGUACGCAAACGAUUAAGUAUUCUUUUUUUUUUAAUGUUAGAAUUUGUACUAUGAAAGCAACCAAAAAUUACAAUAAUUUGGAAGAGUUAUUUGCAUUAUUACUGCUUUCUUAAUGUUUAAUGUACGACUGGAACCGAUUUCUCAGAGAAACAUUUCAUUGUUAAAUUUUCGCGCUAUAGCUUUUUUUUGGCUGAAGUGGAAUACAUUGGAGAAGUUUCAAGUUAUGAUUUGUAAAAAAAAAUUGAAUCUCAUGUUAAAUGUUGAAAUGUUUCUGAUUUAUUGUAACAGUAUUCUUGCUAAAUAAAAAGCCAUAUGUUUGCA